GCUUUUAUUUUGAAAGUCCGUGUCGGAUAUGUUUGUUUACACUCUGCUUCUUUUUACACACUUUUCUCAUACACACAAACUCACGCUCAUUCAUCAGACCUUUGUUACUCAGCAAGAAGAAGAGACGCCGACUCAAAACUCAACCAUGUUCAGUAGGAGAACAUUAUUCGUGGCUCUGCUCGCUGUGGCUGUUGGAGUUUACCUGCUGCCGUCUCCCAUAGACCCCAAACCACAUGUACUGAAGGGGCCUCCUCCGGCCCUCGAGGGGCCGCUGGCUGUCAACACCCGUCUGCAGAGGGGCCGGAGGCUGUUCACUGGUAAACUACAUGGACCAGAAUCCUUCACUGCUGAUGAGAACGGUAAUGUGUACACAGGAACAGUGGAUGGGAAGCUGUGGAGGAUCGGUCCUGAUGACAGCCUCACUCUCGUCACACAGAUGGGGCAGAAUCUACCAGAAUGUGGCAGCAGCACAGACUAUGAGCCAGUUUGCGGUCGUCCUCAUGGCGUUCGUCUGGAUCGUCUUGGUCAGCUGAUUGUUGCUGACUCUUACUUUGGGCUGCACAGUGUCGACCCAGAAACCGGAGAAAAGACUCUGCUGCUGGCUAAUUCACAGGGUGCUGAUGGCGUUCCCUUUGCCUUUUUAAACGGCCUGGAGAUUUCCUCCCAAACUGGGAUCAUUUAUUUCACUGACUCCUCCAGUCGCUGGGGACGCAGACAUGUCAAACUGGAGGUGAUCGAGUUGAACAGCCUCGGCCGUCUUCUCUCCUACGAUCCUCAGACAGGAAGUGUGCAGGUCCUGCUGGACUCUCUCUACAUGCCUAACGGUAUCGUCCUGUCGCCUGAUGACCACUUCCUGUUGCUGGCGGAGACCAGCAUCGGACGCAUACUGAGAUAUUGGCUGAAGGGCCCAAAGGCCGGUACCAAGGAGGUCGUCAUGGACAACAUGAUCGGUUACCCUGACAACAUUCGCCUUAGCGACCAUGGAACAUUCCUGGUUGGCAUAACAACACCACGGUUCAGAAAGCUCAUGCCUCCGUUCUUAGAUAUGAUUGCACCGUACCCGACUGUGAAACGCUUCCUGGCCAAGGUGAUUCCUCUGAGUUGGUACAACCUCCUUCUGCCACGCUAUGCUCUGGUCCUGGAGCUGGGAUUGGACGGUGAGCUUGUGGGAACGCUUCACGACCCUGAAGGCCGCCUGACGUGGGCUAUCAGUGACGUCUUCCAGCACCGGGGGAGGACGUACUUGGGUAGCACAGACCUGCCGUUCCUGCCCUUCCUGGAGGGGUGGGAGAGCUGAGGACGGACACAGAGGACUCAAUGUAUUCAUUUUUAUUUUAGGACGGUUUAAGGUUCAGUACAUGUGGAGCAGCUACAAGGAAAUCUGUGGUGCUUCUGGAUUUUACAUUUCUAAGGUUUUUUAGUCGAGGUUCACGUCUGGAACAAUGUGGAUGUUGUAUUAACCAGACCUUGUGGUUUCAGGUAGGUCUGUAUAGCAGGAGAACUAAGAAAAGUCAAAUAUUCUGUGGGAACAGAAAAAGCCUCCAACAAUGAUAAAAAUCUUAUAAUGCAGAGUAAAAGGAACACACUUUUUAGUGUAAAAGACAUUUUACAUAUGGACACCAACACUAGUUUUAAUUUCCAGAACAGAAAGCUCAAUGAAACAGAGAUAAAUAAAAAAAAUUUAAUGUCUGUGACUUUUCCCCCAUACACCUGAACACAUCACCCCAGAUGUUUUCAUACUUUUGUAUAUUACUUAGAUUUAAUUUCAUGUGAGUCAAAAGACUAAUGUAAACUUUUCUGGCCUGAAAAUGGUUUAGAAGAACAUAUCUUUGGGUGAGUAAACAGUGUGUAUAGGUUUAUAAAACUUAGUGAUUUUUCCUCAAUUAGUUUGACAUAUUCGAUUACUUGUGUGAACAACCACGGGAAAUACCAAGAAUGUGUCUUGGCGGAGUCAUCCGAAAUCAGCCGAGGUCGGUCUUGACGGCACCUUGCGUAUGACGUCAGCAGAAAGCAGCUGGGAGACGUAGGAGGUGAUUUUCCACCACGUGGUAAAGGCCAUUACGGGCUGUCAAGAUGGCCUGCGUUGUUUACCGCUGCUCACACCGAUUACACCGAGAAGCUUUUAACGAAUAGCAAAAGUUGUUAUAAAAUAUAAUAACAUAUAAGAUAUUGACCGAAAAACGCGUCUAAAAUGGCUGCUUGGCGGAGAGAUGGAUACGCCUAAUGGUCAUGUGUGCAGAGACCACCACUUCCCUAAGGUACGAUCACAUCACUCUUCCAUUCUAUGAAUAUUUUCUCCCAGUCUAUUGAAGCCGCCACAACAGAUGAAAUCAAGCAGCUUUUGAUCUCCAUCCCACUGUGAUGGAUUCACAGGUCAGAAUUCACCUUUGUUCACCUUUAAAUGAGCAGAUGUUUUUACAGUUUGUGGAUGCUCUGAUCAAUAUUUAUCAUAUCAUUUUUUGGGGCUGUGUGCAAGUGAAGGGCAGUUUAAUUGUACAGAAGGGUGAAUGUGACCGCACCUUUACUGUAUAACAGGAUUUUUCUGCUGCAUUCGAAUGGUCCUCAUCAGUUUGUAAAAGGUGGAAAUCAUGAAGCACUGAUGUUCUUGAUCACUAAUUAUCACAAACAAAUGGAAGUGAUACGUUUUGUGUAUGCUGUGUUUAUUUACUGUUAACCUGGCUCAUCAGUUUAUUAGGCCAAAAGCAUUCAGUGGAAAUGUUACCAAUGGCUAAUUAAUUGCUCAUUUGAUUUGUUUAGUAAAAUACUC